UCACGUGACACUGUCGAGGUAAGAUGGCGUCCUCCAUGUAGCUGCAGCGGGAAUGUAAUGAUGGCGCUGUGUGUGUAUAGUGUGUGGUUAUUAGUGUGGGUGAGUGUGUGUGUGAGUGAGAAGUGUGAAGAUGAACCUGCUCAGGACUGCGGCUGUAACACACUCCACAGAGUCCGGGCUGAAGAACAGGGGGAUGAGGAAGGAGGACGAGAUGUGAAGAAUCCAGCCGAGAAAUAUUCAGAAAGAGCGAAUAAAGAAGUGAUUCUGAGUCAGAUGGUGCUGUUGCAGGGAGGUUGGUUCCUGAUGGGAACAGAUGAUCCUGGUAUCCCUCAGGAUGGAGAAGGUCCUCAGAGGAGUGUGUGGGUCGACCCUUUUUACAUCGAAGAGCACGAAGUCACAAACUUGCAAUUCCAACGUUUUACUAACAUCACACACUAUGUUACAGAGGCAGAGCGUUUUGGAGACUCGUUCGUGUUUGAAGGACUGCUGAGUGAAGACGUAAAGAGUUCUUUGACUCAUGCGGUUGCUGCUGCCCCCUGGUGGUCACCAGUUAAAGGAGCAGACUGGAGACAUACAGAGGGUCCUGGAUCUUCUAUAACACACAGGAUGGACCACCCGGUGCUGCACGUGUCGUGGGCUGAUGCUCAGGUGUACUGUGAGUGGGCGGGGCGCAGGUUACCUACGGAGGCUGAGUGGGAGUUCGCCUGCAGAGGAGGACUACAGGACAGGUUGUACCCCUGGGGGAAUAAACUGAUGCCCAGAGGGGAGCACUACGCUAACCUGUGGCAGGGGGAUUUCCCCAAUCACAACACUGCUGAGGACGGGUUCUCUCACACCUCACCGGUAAAGAAAUUUCCUGCAAAUGCUUUUGGUCUGUAUGACAUGGUGGGAAAUGUGUGGGAGUGGACAUCAGACUGGUGGAGUGUUCAUCACACCCGAGAACACGCAUACAACCCGAAAGGACCAGAAAAAGGGAGUGACCGAGUGAAGAAGGGGGGAUCUUACAUGUGUCAUAAGUCGUAUUGUUACAGGUACAGAUGUGCUGCUCGUAGUCAGAACACUCCUGACAGUUCAGCCUCAAAUCUCGGUUUCCGCUGUGCAGCUGAUUUCACACCGUGACCCUCUGUGAGACUGUGGCCUGGAGAGCCCCCUGCAGGAGGGGAUGAUCCUGAGGGAUAAGUGUGAUGGACACACUGAUGUGUUUUAUAUGAUACACUGCGUCAGUGAUUGAGUGAUCAGUGUUCAGUUUUUAUACAAAUGAGAAUAAACACACACCGACCUGCUCUGUA